CGGAAGUAGACGAUGAGCCACUCUUUCUCUUUGCUCCGUGGCAUUCUGCAUUAGAGUCCCUUUACUGCCGGUGGUUUCGUAGUUGACCAGCGGCUGUAAGCAAAAGCAGAACGACAGAAAGACGGAAUUACGUGACCAUCAUAUGCUUUACUCAAGACAAAUGAAAAUUCACACUGACAAGUCCAAGCCAAGCCACAAGACCAGCACUAACACAUGACAGAAGUGCCUUCAAAACCUAGAAAAUGAUGUGCUAGUGCACAGUGUAAAACAUCUGGUCAGAGGAAAAAGGGAAUGCAGACUUGCCAGCUAAAGGUUUUAUGCUAGAGUAAUGCCCAGGCGGGGGUUGCCACUCCAAGGCCGGGUCCGCUGGCUCUUCCUGGGCCUCUUCCUGCUGCUGGUGCUAAUGCUCUUUGCAUACCUCCUUGAGUGCACACCUCCUGCAGACGUUAGCCUGGUCCUGCCUGGUUUAUCUGGGGAGACCUAUAGCAAGGAGUACUACCAGGCCCUGCUGCAGGAGCAGGAGGAGCGUCACCUGAACCGUGCUGCCAGUCUCAAGCGCCAGAUUGCUCAGCUGAAGCAAGAGCUACAGGAAAUGAGUGAGAAGCUAAAACUUUUGCAGGAAAAGAAAGAGCCCCCUGGGGUGCAGGGCUUGGUCGAGACGAAAGACCAGGAGCCAGGAGAUCUGCUGGAGUACUUGCACUCACAAAUUGACAAGGCUGAGGUAAAUACAGCAGCACGCCUUCCUAGUGAAUAUGCCCUGGUGCCUUUUGAGAGUUUCACCUUGUCCAAGGUGUACCAGCUAGAGAUGGGGCUUACGCGGCAUCCAGAGGAAAAACCUGUCCGUAAGGAUCGCAGGGACGAGCUGGUGGAGGUAAUUGAGGCAGCACUGGAUAUCAUCAACAACCCUGAUGAGGAGGAUGGCGUUGAGGAGGACAUGCCAAUGCAGAAACAAACCUUCACAGAGAGUCACUUUACUGAAGGCCUGUAUAGGACAGAGCGAGACAAAGGGACACUCUACGAGCUCUUCUUUGCCAAAGAGGAUUCCACUGGCUUUCGCCAUGUCACUCUAUUCAGGCCAUUUGGUCCCUUGAUGAAAGUCAAGAGUACAUCUAUAGACACAGCAGGGUUGAUCAUCAACAUCAUUGUGCCUCUAGCAGGCAGAGUAGAAACCUUUUCACAGUUCCUGCAUAACUUCAGGGAGGUAUGCAUACAGCAGGACAGACAAGUUCAUCUCACAGUGGUUUAUUUUGGACAGGAUGGUCUUCAGGAGGUGAAGGGAUCCUUGGAAAAAAUGUCAAGGGAAGAGAGCUUCUCCAAUUAUACUCUAAUCCCUGUAGAUGAAGAGUUUUCACGAGGUCGUGGUCUAGAUAUUGGAGCCCAUGCCUGGAAAAAAGGCGAUGUCUUAAUGUUUUUUUGUGACGUUGACAUCCACUUUACUCUGGAGUUCCUCAAUACUUGCCGCCUCCAAACUGCUCCAAAUAAGAAAGUCUUCUAUCCAGUGGUGUUCAGUUUGUUCAAUCCUGCCAUUGUCUAUGGAAGUUUGGAGCUGGCUCCACCAAUUGAACUUCAACUGAUCCACAAAAAAGAUGCUGGAUUUUGGAGAGAUUUUGGCUUUGGAAUGACUUGUCAGUACCGGUCAGAUUUUCUAAAUAUCGGUGGAUUUGAUCUUGAAGUCAAAGGCUGGGGAGUGGAGGAUGUCCACUUGUACAGAAAAUACCUUCGGAGUGACCUCAUAGUGAUAAGAACACCGGUGUCUGGUCUUUUCCACCUGUGGCAUGAGAAGCGGUGUGCAGAUGAGCUAACACCAGAGCAGUACCGCAUGUGCAUACAGUCAAAGGCGAUGAAUGAAGCGUCCCAUUCCCACCUAGGAAUGUUGGUUUUCCGUGAAGAGAUCGAGUCUCACCUACGCAAGCAGGCCUAUAAGACUCAGAGCAAGACAGAAGACUGAGCCUUCAAAUAUUCCAACCUUAAUACUGUGAUGAGCUGACGUUAUUACUGCACUACAGCAAAGACCUGUUUACAUGGAUCCUCCUGCAUUUCAUCGCACAGCAGCAGACGAAUGUAAAAAUAUCAUCAAUGUGAAACUUCACACAUGGUACAACUCUUCUUGAUGAGUCACAGUGUUGUCAGACAGGAAUGCACAAUCAGAUCGAUCAAAUUUUACCUGACAGCAUGCUGUCACCGCCUCGGGUCACAUAACUUAUUAUGCCAUUGUGCUUCAUUUAGAGCUCCUGAAUUGUCAGCAGUUUCUUAACCAUAUUCACCUGUUUUACUGCUUAAAGUCCUUCCAAUGCAUUCUGGGAAUUUGGUUUUAGCUGAGUCAGAUUAUUUCUACAUGACAGGUUUGCAUCGAGCAAAUACAUAUAGCAGUCAACAUAUAUUGACCUUUUAGGGGGAAAAUGCUUUAAAUAAAUAACAUUUCCAGUUAAGUUGUACAUUCUAUGAAAAUAAAAAAAAAAGACUGCAUAGGAAGCAUCUAAUCCCCUCUGAUUUCAAGCUUUCUGCAGGUUAACCAACGUAGCAAUACAAUUGCUGUUCCAUUAUGAAAAGCUUUGUUUUGUAUAAACUGUUCCUGAGUGAAUAUGUUGUAGAAAAUGGAAAAAAGGGACAUCUCAUGCAGAGAUAUGCUUGUAGCAUGCAGGGCUAAAGCAGGUCUGUGUGGACCAGUACUAUUGUUUUAAUAAUAACUUAGAGAAUGAAUGUUACAGCCACAAAUGUAAAUACUUUUCAUGGUUUUUGUAUUGAACAUGAUUUGAAUCUUUAGUUGUACAUACCUUCAUGCUUUCAGUGCUAUAAAAGUGAAGCUUUGCCAGAUAACAUCAGGCUGAUCAUUUCAUAUACAGCACAACAGUUCAUUCACUAAAAUUAGAAUAAAAUACAGCUGUAAAAACAUACGUUGUGUGACAGGGAGUCAUCCUCUUCACAUUUAAGUAUCUUGCAAUAAAUUUGAUUUAAGAAUGCACAAUAUAGAAUUUUUCUGAUAUCUUACCUGCUGAUAUUUCCAAACUGAUUUUUUUUCUGACCCUAAUGUAUACAAGGCUUAAACUUAGCAAACAUAAUUCUUGACUUAUAACAGGGGUGUCAAACUCAAUCACAGCAGGAGCCAGAUUCUGGAUUCAGGUCUAACCUGAGGGCCUAACAGGGUCACCUUCUUCACCAGAACCUGUCAACCUCAUCUCACCAGUAAUAAAAUAUGAAAGAAACUUAGCACUGAUGAUUGAUUGUGACAUUUAAAAAGUUAAAAAGAUAAAUUUAAAUGCUCACAAUCUGAGAAAAGUAAAUGUAGUUGUUCAAAAAGG